UUCCCGGGCCGGCCGCGUCCCGCCCGCUCCCCGCGCACCAGGCGUUCCCCUGCCGCGACCACCGCGCGGCUCAGGCCGGCUGCGCCAGACGCCGCUCCGCCCGCCCGACGGCGACAUGGGCGUCCCCACGGAGGCCGGCGGUCGGCGCUGGGGGCCCGUGCUCCUCGCUCUCUUCCUGGCUGCCUCGCGAGGUCUGGUGGCAGCCUUCAAGGUCGCCACACCGUAUUCCCUGUAUGUGUGCCCCCAGGGGCAGGAUGUCACUCUCACUUGCCGGCUCUUGGGCCCCACGUCCAGGGGACACGACGUGACCUUCUACAAGACAUGGUACCGCAGUUCACGGGGCGAGGUGCAGGCCUGCUCGGAGCGCCGGCCUAUCCGCAACCUCACCUUCCAGGACUUGCACGUGCACCAUGGGGCCCAUGAGACCGCCAACACCACCCAGGACCUGGCCCAGCGCCACGGGCUGGAGUCAACCUCGGACCACCACGGCAACUUCUCUAUCACCAUGCACAACCUGACGCUAUUGGACAGUGGCCUCUACUGCUGCCUGGUGGUGGAGAUCCGGCACCACCACUCAGAGCAGAGGGUCCACGGGGCCAUAGAGCUGCAGGUGCAGACAGGCACAGAAGCGUCAUCCAAGUGCAUUGCAUACCCACCCUCCCCCCAGGAGAGUGAAAACAUCACGGCCGCAGCCCUAGCCACGGGCGCCUGCAUCGUGGGCAUCUUGUGCCUCCCCCUCAUCCUGCUCUUGGUCUAUAAGCAGAGGCAGGCGGCCUCCAACCGCCGUGCCCAGGAGCUAGUGCGGAUGGACAACAACAUACAAGGAAUUGAAAACCCAGGCUUUGAGACCUCUCCGCCUGCCCAGGGGAUGCUGGAGGCCAAGCCCAGGCCCCCCUUGUCCUACAUGGCACAGCGGCAGCCCUCUGAGUCGGGGCGGCACCUGCUCUCCGAGCCCAACACGCCUCUGUCUCCUCCGGGGCCCGGGGACGUCUUCUUCCCAUCUCUGGAGCCUGUCCCUGACUCCCCAAACUUUGAGGCCGUCUAGACCAGCUGGGAGCCAGUGGCAGUUGUGGCUGAGACUGGGGCAGGUGCAUCUGAGCCAGGGCUGGCCCUCGGAGAAGUCAGCCUCCCUGGCCUGGGCCCUGGUUUUCUCUCUGCUGCUCUGAGCCUAGACCCUCAACCCACUGGAUGCUACGUGGAGGAAGAAAGAAAACGCUGGAUCGCUCAGCCCUGUCCCAAGGAUGUUGGGAUGCUGGAAUCCCACUCCAGAGACCUGAAAUUAACCAGGAACAGAUUCCAGAUGACCCGCAUCCUAAGAGGCCCUACAAUUUCCAGCCCUGCAGCAGCCUCUCUUCCCAGGACAUGAGCCAUGGGACCUGGCAGCAUCAAUGGGACCACAUGGGCACCAGGCAGACCGCCACUGCCACCCCUCCUAGGCAUAAGACACAGGACAAGAUGCAGAGAGACCCCUCCCUACUGUGGUCCACCUGGCUUUCUGAUUUUGGCUGAGGCUGUUUAUCUGGGAGACUAAUUUUUGGCACCCAUGGGGGCCUGGGGGCUGGGCUGGCCUGCCUAGUCAUUGGAGCCUUCCCCAUGCUUCCUACCAACAACCUCUCUGAGGAACUGGCAGCAAGUUAAGCAAAUGUGGGGCUCCUACUGCCUGCAUUCUGGUCUCUAGAGUUCAGUGGCCAGAGACCCCAAAACAGGAAGUACACACCGGGGCACUGGUGCUACUGUGAGCCAACUGGCGUCUUGGGCAAUGCGAGGCCAGGGUUGCACCAUCCACCGCAGAUGGGGGCGGGAGUGGGCGGGGCCUGCUGGGAAAGUGAGAGGAGGGGCUCCAUCUCCGGCCACCCCACCUCCUACCCCCACCAGUCAGCAUGGUCAGUAGAAAGGUGACCACAUGAUGCAUUGUCCAAACUGGGACACUUUUGAGCGUGAAAAGGAGGUGCUAUCAAAAACUACACUGGGGUAACAGGUGCAAAUGGGGACAUAUGGUGAGUCUGUCAAUGGAUUGUAAGAAGGAUGAGUUGAAAUCCCCACUGUGCUACUGAAGUGCCUUUAGCCUUGGGAAACCUCCUUGCCCCCUCUCCCGGCCUGGGUCUUCUGUUCCACACAAUCUGUGCCGAGUCUUCCCCUCACAGAGACGUGGUGGGCUGGGAGGAGGAGGUGCCUGCACUGUGUACAUAGAAGGGUUUGUUCACUCUGGACUCUCUGCUCCCAUCUCUGCUUCAGGGCAUGACCUAGAUCUGUUUUUACACACGCACACAAGGGGAGCCCUUUGUAGAACUGCGAUUAAAGGACUUUAAAGCACGGGA